AUGAAGUCGCUCUCAAGUCUAAUACUGCCCUGCGCAGUCCUCGCGCAGCAUGUCGCCGCCCAAGGUGGCUACCUGUUCACGAUCGAUCGCAGCAUCACGACCCCUGCAACCGCCAUGAUCGAUUCAGAAAUGGCCAGUGCCAUCAUAGCGAGACGGAGAGCCCUGACCGCAGACCGAUACCUAGGCAUCACCGACUCGAUGCUCCUAGAAGACAUAAACACCUACGGAGGGUACCAAGCCCCUCUAUUUGGUGAAGAAUCAUCGCCCGCAGACGCCCCCGGGAAGCUCUUCAUCCGGAUAUCAGGCGUCGACAUGAAGAUCCAGGACUUUGACCUCGCGAUGCCGGACCUCUGGAUCGACGCACCAACGAAAGAUCUCCUCACAGACUUUAAAGCCGUCACGAACAACAAACGCAAAGAGAAAGACGACCUCUGCGAGUACGCCGUGCCCGCCUCCCGCAACGCUCCGGACAGCAAAGGCGUCGAAGUCGUGUUUACCUACCCGUCCGAGAACGGCCGAUGCCUCGCGGAUACCGAAAUCCCAAACAUCCCCAUCAUCCUGUCGCUGCACAGUUUCCUGCCGACCAACCCUGCGGCCGUCAAGACGCAGAUCAACAGCCUGAUCCGCAUCCUCAAGCACUUCUCCGCGACCGAGAACGUCGAAUCCACUGUCCUCUUGCUCCCCUCGGAGAAGAAGCUGAAGAAGUCAAACGCAAACAAACACAAGCACGCGGCCCGCUCGGCCCAGCAAUCCGAGGAGGAACGUCUCGAUCUGCCCUCUCCCUCCUCCGCGGCCACCUCGUUCGACACGAUCACGCCAGCGAGUAACGCAUCAAACACCACACACCCCCUCCCGCACAACAUCCCGCAGUGCUUCACCUCGCAAUCGCAGUGCGAGAACGUGACGAACACCUGCUCCGGCCACGGCGCCUGCUACAAGGCCCACGCCAACUGCUUCAAAUGCCGGUGCGGCACCACCGUCGUGCGCGUCAACGCCGAUGGCACGAAAAAGACGGUCCAAUGGGGCGGCAACGCGUGCCAGAAGAAGGAUGUCAGCGUGCCGUUCAUCUUGUUUGCCAGUUUCGGCGUCGUCAUGACUGCCCUGGUCGUCGGCGCCAUCGGAAUGCUUUGGAGCAUGGGCAGCCAGGAGUUGCCGAGUGUGAUUGGCGCGGGAGUCGCUGGGCCCAGAGCUGCUGGGAAGUAA